AUGAUUGAAGAAUACCCCAAAAUCAUUUGCGAUAAAAUUAAUUGCGAUCAACAACGCGCAAGACUUCGCAUCGGAGCAUCAUAUACUAUCUUUAUUGAAAGGAAACGUCUUAUUUCCGGAAUUGAUGAAGGCACUCACAAUAACUACAAGUUCAUUGUUAUGGAAUUGUUAGGUGCGAAUUUGUCAAGAAUCAGGAAACUGCUAGCAAAUUGGAGGUUCAAAUCAAAUAUAGUCGUAAAAAUUGGUAUAUGCAUCCUUGACGCUUUAAAUAUUGUUCAUAAUAUUGGAUAUACGCACAGUGACGUUAAGCCUUCCAAUAUGUGUAUCGGGCAAGGAGAAAAAGUUAGACUAUCAUUAGUGGAUUUCGGAUUAUCAAGAAAAAUUGAUAGAGUUAGUUCUUACGCUAAAUUUCGCGGUACCCGAAAGUAUUGUUCUAUAAACGCCCAUCAACAAAUUGCCCACGCGCCAAGCGAUGAUAUAGCAUCACUAUUCUACUCGCUAAUCGAGUUAUCUGAGGGGGUUCUUCCUUGGAGCAGCCUCCAUGAGAAGAACGAUAUAUGCUUUCAGAAAAGAAUGUUAACAAAAGAAACUGUCUUCAAAUAUCAGUCGCCAAAGUUGUGGUUGUUUUACGUCGAUGGAUAUGAAAAUUGCUCUGACCGAUUUGAGCUGGAUUACUCUUUGCUCUUGAAAAAUCUUGAAAGUUGUCUGGAUGAUCCCAAAUGCUCAUCGAUCACUACGGAAGACUGGAAAUACUUGAAUAAUCGGUAA